AUGGUUUUAGAAUUUGCUGCAUUAACACAACAAUUAUAUCGUCAAAUACUUGCAUAUACAGUUUUUGCUUUUUUUCGUGCUUUAAUUAAUGCACGUUAUUCAGUUAAAAUUAAUGAAUGGACUUUAUUAUCAAUCACAAGUAUUGCACAAAGAAAAUCAAUAUGUAUGGCUAUAUGGGACUUAAUUUGUCUUAUGUUAAGUGCAUGUCUAUCAAAUAAAAUUGCUGAUGCAUUGUCUUCAUUGACGUUAUCACGUUCCAGUGCUCGCUUUGAAGAAUUAGAUAAUCAUUUAUUUCUUAUUGCUGGUCGAGAAUAUUAUCUGCAGUUAAUGAAUAUUGAACAACGACGUCAAUUUGAACAAGCAUUUAUAAAUGAAUUGAAUCCAGAAAAAUUAUAUGUUGAUUUACUUGCACACAUUGAAAAUACGAUCUUAUCAUCGUCUUGGGUCUGGGUGUGGAUGAUCGAUAAAUAUCGAUUAAAGAUUAUCAAUGGUGAAAAAUCAAAACCUGAAACUCAUGUUCAUUCUUUAAAUGUUUCAUGA